AUGAACUGGGGGAUCUUUGAGGGACUCUUAAGUGGAGUCAACAAGUACUCCACAGCCUUUGGGCGCAUCUGGCUGUCUCUGGUCUUCAUCUUCCGAGUCCUGGUGUACCUAGUGACAGCUGAGCACGUGUGGAGUGAUGACCACAAGGAUUUCGACUGCAACACCAAGCAACCAGGCUGCUCCAAUGUCUGCUUUGACGAGUUCUUCCCCGUGUCCCACGUGCGCCUCUGGGCCCUGCAGCUCAUCCUGGUCACGUGCCCCUCGCUGCUUGUAGUCAUGCAUGUGGCCUACCGCAAGGCUCGGGAGCAGAGACACCAAGAGGCAGUGGGCCAGGGUGGUGGGCACCUCUACCUGAACCCCGGCAAGAAGCGGGGUGGUCUGUGGUGGACGUAUAUCUGCAGCCUGUUGUUCAAGGCCAUUGUGGAUGCUGCCUUCCUUUAUGUGUUCCACUCAUUGUACCCCCAAUACACCCUCCCUCCUGUGGUUGCAUGCCACGUGGCUCCGUGUCCCCACACGGUGGACUGCUUCAUCGCCAGGCCCUCGGAAAAGAACACCUUCACUCUGUUCAUGGUGGUCACAUCUGCCAUCUGCAUCCUGCUUAACCUUGUGGAGCUGGCCUACCUCGUGAGCAAGCGGUGUCUUGAGUGCCAGGCAGCGAGGAGAGCCUUUGCCACACACAUGGGACAUCACAUGGGCUAUGUCACCUCUUCCUACAAACAGGAUGACCUCCUCUCGGGUGACCUCAUCUUUCUGAACUUGGAAACUCAUCCCCCUCUCUUGCCAGACCGCCCUCAAGACCACAUGAAGAAAACCAUCCUGUGA